GAGCGCUCGACAGCGGCAGCGGCGGCGGCGGUAGCUUCGGCUCCAGCCGCGCGCGCUGCGACCUCUCUCCAGAGCCCGCGCGCUGCCCCCGGCCGGGCCCUGGGCCCCCCGCGCGGCCCCCAAUCGGCCCCUGCGCCUGCCCUGUCGCCUGUCCCCAUGGAGCUGCUUGCUGCAGCCUUCAGCGCCGCCUGCGCCGUGGACCAUGACAGCUCCACCUCGGAGAGCGACACGCGCGACUCGGCGGCGGGACACCUGCCUGGCAGCGAGUCAUCUUCCACCCCUGGAAAUGGGACCACGCCCGAGGAGUGCCCGGCCCUCACCGACAGCCCCACCACACUCACCGAGGCCCUGCAGAUGAUCCAUCCCAUUCCCGCCGACUCCUGGAGAAACCUUAUUGAACAAAUAGGGCUCCUGUAUCAAGAGUACAGAGACAAAUCGACUCUCCAAGAAAUUGAAACCCGGAGGCAACAGGAUGCAGAAAUACAAAGCAACUCUGAUGGGUCCCAGGCUGGGGAAGACACCCCAGAGGAGGAAGAGGAAGAGGAGGAGGAGGAGCUAGCCAGUCCACCUGAGAGGAGGGCUCUGCCUCAGAUCUGCCUGCUCAGCAACCCCCACUCCAGGUUCAACCUCUGGCAAGACCUUCCUGAGAUUCAGAGCAGCGGUGUGCUGGACAUCCUCCAGCCUGAGGAGGUCAAGCUGCAGGAGGCCAUGUUUGAGCUGGUCACCUCCGAGGCCUCCUACUAUAAGAGCCUGAACCUGCUGGUGUCACACUUCAUGGAGAAUGAGCGCCUGAAGAAGAUCCUGCACCCAUCCGAGGCACACAUCCUGUUUUCCAAUGUCCUGGAUGUCAUGGCUGUCAGUGAGCGGUUUUUGCUGGAGCUGGAACACCGCAUGGAGGAGAACAUCGUUAUCUCAGACGUGUGUGACAUCGUGUACCGCUACGCAGCUGACCACUUCUCUGUCUAUAUCACCUAUGUCAGUAACCAGACCUACCAGGAGAGGACAUACAAGCAGCUCCUACAGGAGAAGACUGCUUUCCGGGAGCUGAUCGCACAGCUGGAGCUGGACCCCAAAUGCAAGGGCCUGCCCUUCUCCUCCUUCCUCAUCUUGCCCUUCCAGAGGAUCACGAGACUCAAGCUGCUGGUCCAGAAUAUACUGAAGAGAGUAGAGGAGAGGUCUGAGCGUGAAGGCACCGCCUUGGAUGCCCACAAGGAGCUGGAAAUGGUGGUGAAGGCAUGCAACGAGGGUGUCCGGAAGAUGAGCCGCACGGAACAGAUGAUUAGCAUUCAGAAGAAGAUGGAGUUCAAGAUCAAGUCAGUGCCCAUCAUCUCACACUCCCGGUGGCUGCUGAAGCAGGGCGAGCUGCAGCAGAUGUCCGGCCCCAAGACGUCCCGCACCCUGCGGACCAAGAAGCUCUUCAGAGAAAUUUACCUCUUCCUCUUCAACGACCUGCUGGUGAUCUGCCGGCAGAUCCCUGGAGACAAGUACCAGGUAUUUGACUCAGCCCCAAGGGGACUGCUGCGAGUGGAGGAGCUGGAGGACCAGGGCCAAACGUUGGCUAAUGUGUUCAUCCUGCGACUGCUGGAGAAUGCAGAUGACCGGGAGGCCACCUACAUGUUGAAGGCAUCCUCCCAGAGUGAGAUGAAGCGUUGGAUGACUUCGCUGGCCCCCAACAGGAGGACCAAGUUCGUGUCCUUCACAUCCCGGCUGCUGGACUGUCCCCAGGUCCAGUGUGUACACCCAUAUGUGGCCCAGCAGCCCGAUGAGCUAACCCUGGAGCUGGCAGACAUCCUGAACAUCCUGGAGAAGACAGAGGAUGGGUGGAUCUUCGGUGAGCGCCUACAUGACCAGGAGAGAGGCUGGUUUCCCAGUUCCAUGACAGAGGAGAUCCUGAACCCCAAGAUCCGCUCCCAGAACCUCAAGGAAUGUUUCCGAGUCCAUAAGAUGGAGGACCCUCAGCGCAGCCAGAAUAAGGACCGCCGGAAGUUGGGCAGCCGGAAUAGACAAUGAACUCCCUCUCAGGCACCAGCCUGAAGGAGGGGUGUGGGCAGAGGUGGAGAGCAGGC